UACAACGGUAUCUGAGAAGAGAGACUCAACCCUUACAGUUUCGUCCCGGAUUUCAUUUCUUGCACAUGAAUCUGACUUUAUCUAGUGACAACUUGAACAAAUCAUUAUCGUGACACAAUUUGCAGAGAUGACUUCGCAAAACGUCGUGGACUCUGCAGCAUUGCCGCCGGCGGGAACGCCUCAGCGUCCUCGUCCUCAAAAGCCUAAUUACAGACAUAUACAUCGUUUUCCUCUGCCUGUUGCUGCUCAUCCUCUUCCUCCUCUAAUUCCUCAUAAUCCACUAUCUAUUAUAAGCGUGCUAUUCUCGUAUCUCACAUACCUAGUUUCCCCUCCUAAAAAAGAGGUCUAUUCUGCCUAUUUUGACUCGGCUACAUCAUCUGUGCAUGUCACCGAUGAGCAGGCAAUGAGGGCGUUGUGGGAGAUGGGAUUUUUUGGAAAAGGAACGCUCAGCAGAAGUGAGCCCAGCUGGCAUGAGCGAGAGAAGAAAAGAAGGGGACUCUCUGGCGAGAAAACGAGCGAAGAAGCUACGCGAAAGCGAAGGGCAGAACGCCGUGAGAUGAAACUCGAAAGGGCUAGAAAAGAACAAGAAGCAAUCUUGCAACAGCUAAAAGCGGAAGCAGCUAAAAGCAAUGCUUUGGCCAAUGGCACCGAUGGCAUCGCGAAUGGUUCCAUCAACGGAUCUGCUCAUCAGGAGGCCUCCCUAUCAACAAGUGUGGGUCUGACAGAUGGAACUGAGAAUGACAACUCCGAUGAUAAAGGUACCAAAACGGUCCGCUUCUCACCGAUCGUUGAGAAGAAAGUAAUUCCUGAGUCGGAUUACCAGCAGUCGAAUAAAAUAGAGGAGGAGACUUUUGCUAGUCAGGAACACCUGCAACUAUCAAAUGAAGAGACCUUCUUCCUCGCGUACAGCUUGGGAGCUGUUGAAGUGUUUGAUCAGAACACACAGUCUGUGAUGCCGACGACAUCCCUUCUCAGGCUUUUCGCGCAACAUUCUACGUUUCCGCCCAACCCAAACACAGAAGAUGCCCUCGAACCAGAUAACAAGUUCCUAGUGUCAUAUGUUGCCUAUCAUCACUUUCGGUCCCUCGGUUGGGUGGUGCGAUCCGGCGUCAAAUUCGGUGUCGACUAUUUACUCUACAACCGGGGACCCGUGUUUGCACAUGCUGAGUUUGCAUUGCUGAUUUUGCCAUCAUACGAGGACCCUUAUUGGAAGGCUACGCCAGAGCGCAGGGCACAAACUGUCAAAAAAGAAUCUCGUAGUUGGUGGUGGUUGCACGGGGUCAACCGCGUCCAAGCACAUGUCAAGAAAACGCUUGUGCUAUGCUAUGUCGACAUCCCCCCUCCUUCGGAGUCAUUCUCGACAGACAAUAUCGGAGAGAUCCUGCGUCGCUACAAGGUUCGAGAGAUGCUCCUGCGGCGCUGGAUUCCAAAUCGCAGUCGAGAUUGAGACUGAUAUUGGAUAACCUGCCAGUGGGAACCUGUAAGAUGAUAUGUAUGAUGACUAGAUGAUUUAAGAUACCCAGGAACAUGAUUACUUCAUUUACC